AUGCUGCAAUCUCCAUUCUUGCUCAUCUGUGUUCAGCGUUUCGAUCUUGUUCUUCCUCAAAACCCAGGACAUUUCUUAGAUAAAUUUUCCCAAAGUCAUUCUUCAUCUUGCAGGAAGCACCUGUCUCAGCUGUUCCAUUCUGUGACUUACUACUUCGUUGAGUCCUGGGGUACUCGCCUGACGAGGGGGUUUGUGGUAGCCAACAGCGAGAUGAAUGCUGCAAAGAAGCCACCUGCCUGUAUGCUGAUCAGUGCUGUGGAGAGGUAUGAUGACCAGCUGAAUGUUUCUCAUCACAGGAAGUGCUUCGAUUUGGAGCCUGUUGCGGCAGAAGAGCAGCAGCUACCUUGCUACUCUGAGGAUGACGAAGAAUUAAAUCCAGUUUUUUAUCUGAAGGAGGACGAAGACAUGGGAGAAGAGGAACUCGAUGACAUGGCUGCCAAAAGUAACUCCGACUAUAAACUCGUAGAGCGAAGUGAUCAGUUGGUCAAAGACAAGGUCAAAGACAAAACAUCAGAUGUACCCAUUGAGAAAGUAAAGAAAGAUUUUGACUCUCUUUCCAAGGAUGAAAAGUUGCAAGUGGUAAUGAGUAAUGCUCCAGAGCUUGUUGGCCUUCUAACUGAAUUAAAGGAGGCGCUGCACGAGCUGGAACAUAAAUUGGAGGACGGGAACUUCGCAACUAGAGAGGGCAAAAACUACAUGGAAAUGAAGCAUAUGCUUCUUUUGAGUUACUGCCGAACUAUCGUUUUUUAUCUGCUUCUCAGAGCAGAAGGGCGAUCAGUCUGUGAUCAUCCAGUGAUUGCAAAGCUGGUUGAAAUUCGGACGUUGCUUGAGAAGGUACGUCCAAUAGACAAGAAACUGCAACAACAAAUUGAUAAACAUAUGGUACUAGAUACUUCCAAGUUGCCGCAACAGGAGGAUUCCGCUAAGGAUGAAGUAAAGCCACAGUUUGUCGGAGAAGAAAGCAGAAACAUGCUAAGAGAGAUGGAAAGACUACAAGAAAAAGCUAGACGUGAGCAGUUACUGGAGCAGACUAGAGUUUCAGAACUCCAAACUGGAAAAAGGCGUGAGGCGAAACGGCACCGUGGGCUGCUGGAUGACUUGGAGGAUGAUUUGGGUGCCCUUGACCAAGAGUCGCAGCCGAAAACCAUAUCGCGAGUUGUUGCUGAAGCUGGAAAACGUCAAAAGAAGCCAAAAAUCAUUUCAAGCGAUACCGACCUGCCUGUGAAGGAGUACAUUGGAGAAAGAAGAAGAAAGCGUGAGGUCCAGACCUCUGGUCGGGCGGAAUCACCUGUUGAACAAUCCGAAGAUGACGAUGAUGGUCAAACACAGCGAGAGGAUGAGUUUUAUCAAGAAGCGAAAGCAAUCAAACUCGCCAAGGAUGCCGCCAGGAUGGAGAAGAAUCGUGGACUAACACCAUAUCGCAAAAAGGCCUCGAAGAAUCUACGGAAGAAAUUCAAGAUGAUGCAUGGAAAGGCGGUGACAAGACGUAAAGGACAAGUCCGGGACAUCAGAAUGGGAGCAGGACCAUAUGGAGAGGAAUCCACUGGUGUCCGCACAAAUUUGAGUAGAAGCGUCAGAUUAAGUUAG